AGAGCUGUAGCACUUUGGCGGCAUCUUGUGGUGAGGACAUUUAAUACUACCUCUCUGCAGAGACGUUCUGCCUACCCCUUCUCUGCGUCACUACACGUAACCAGGAAGUAACUGCAACCAAGGCGGCAUCAUGGCAGAAAACACAGACCCACGUGAGUGUGGCGUCGAUGAAGCUUUUGAGGACAUGCCCGAGCUCUCUGAUGGAGAUGAUGAAGACAUUGAUGAUGAAGAGGAGCAGUGGCAGUGGAUGGAGGAGGACAGUCAGACAGUUACCUGUCUGUUCUGUGACAGGUUGCUGAGCUCUGUACCUGCCACCCUGCAACAUUGCGCAGCUGAACACCAGGUCAACCUAGUAGAUGUAAUAAGAAAACACAAUUUAGACGACUACGGCUACAUAAAGAUGAUCAACUUUAUACGGUCCACUAAAUGUGAUGCAUCCAGUCUCAUUGGGCUACCGGAUGCUCCUUUACCCUGGGAGAGUGAAGACUUCCUUCGACCCAUCCUACAGGAUGACCCAUUACUGCAGACAGAUCCUGAAGAGCUUUGCAGCAUUGGAGGGUCAACCCUGUCUUUCUGCACGUCAUCUGGGGCAGAAUCCCAUAAUGCCGUGCUGCAGAGGGCACAGGCUGCUGAGGAGAGAGCCCGUCAGUCAGAGGAGGCGCUGGCCAGGGCCAUGGAUGACCUACACAAACUCAAGUUGCUGGCUCAGGGUUUGGUGCUGACAACAGAAACCAGCAAACCUGGCAACCUGGGCACCGUGUCUGAGCUCCGUGCGGACGAAGAUGAAGCCUACUUCAGCUCCUACGGCCACCACAGCAUCCACGAGGAGAUGCUGAAGGACAAAGUGCGCACAGAGAGCUAUCGUGACUUCAUGUACAACAACCCUGAUGUGUUCAAAGACAAGGUGGUGCUCGAUGUUGGCUGUGGGACCGGCAUUCUGUCCAUGUUUGCUGCGAGAUCAGGGGCUAAGAAGGUCAUAGCAGUGGACCAGUCAGAGAUCAUCUAUCAGGCCAUGGACAUAGUCAGAGCCAACCAACUGGAGGACAAGAUAACUCUGAUUAAAGGCCGCAUAGAGGACAUCAACCUCCCUGUGGAGGAAGUGGACAUCAUCAUCUCUGAAUGGAUGGGUUACUUCUUGCUGUUUGAGUCCAUGUUGGACUCAGUCCUGUAUGCCAGAGACCUCUACUUGGCUGACACAGGCUCAGUCUAUCCUGACCUCUGUAACAUCAGCCUGGCAGCAGUCGGAGACACACAGAAGCACCAAGAGCACAUUGCAUUCUGGGAUGAUGUUUAUGGCUUCAACAUGUCGUGCAUGAAGAAAGCUGUAGUGCCUGAGGCAGGGGUAGAAGUGGUGAAUGCGGACACACUCAUCUCUGAGCCUACAGUCAUACAGACGAUCGACUGUAACAGAGUCUGUCUGUCAGAGUUGGAGUUUACGUCAGAUUUCUGCCUGAAGAUCACAAACACCACUGACUUCACAGCAAUUGUCGGCUACUUUGACAUUUUCUUUGACAAAGGCUGCAGCAACAAGGUGAUGUUCUCCACGGGUCCUCGGGUCACAAAGACGCACUGGAAGCAGACGGUCUUCCUACUGGAGAGGCCUUUCCCGGUCCAAGCAGGGGAGGAACUUCCAGGAAAGAUCACCGUGCGCAAAAACAAGAAGGACCCCCGUUCACUGCUGGUCACUUUUGAGCUCAGAGACAGGAAGCAGACUUACAGCCUGCAAUAACAUCAACUUUCAUGCAGUGAAAUAUCAAGAAAUUAUAGCCCCUUUUUUAUGUAUUUACAGCAGAGGCAGGAAAUUGAGAUUGUAUUUGAUGUAAUGCUAGAAUUGUUUCUGUGCCUUGUAAUAAAAAAAAUGUUCUAUAAGA